GGCACCAAGGCGAGGGAAACAUCUGGACCAUGAAGGUGGCCUUCAGAUUGCUUUUCCCGCUUGUUCUCGUGCUGAUCUCGGAGGUGAGCGGGCAGCGGAGGAAGCCCCCCCGGAAACCCACCCGCCCGCCUCCUGCCUUCGUUGAGCCCGUCGAACCCACAGAGCUGCCCCCACCCCUGCCGCCGGGUCCCCCCUCCAUCUUCCCCGACUGCCCCCGAGAAUGCUACUGCCCCCCAGACUUUCCCUCCGCCCUCUACUGUGACAGCCGCAACCUGCGGAAGGUCCCCAUCAUCCCGUCCCGCAUCCACUACCUCUACCUCCAGAACAACUUCAUCGAUGACCUCCCUGAGGAGUCCUUCAGGAAUGCCACGGGGCUGAAAUGGGUCAACCUGGACAACAAUCGCAUCCGGAAGGUGGACAGGCGGGUCCUGGAGAAGCUGGAAAACCUCAUCUUCCUCUACAUGGAGAAGAACCAGCUCAAGGAGGUGCCUGCCUUCCUGCCACCCAACCUGGAGCAGCUGCGUCUGAGCAGGAACCAGAUCUCCAAGAUCCCUGCUGGGGUCUUCAACAAGCUGGAGAACCUGGUGCUCUUGGACCUGCACCACAACAAGCUAAGUGAUGGGGUCUUCAAUAAAAACACCUUCAAGGGACUCAAGAACCUCAUGCAACUCAACCUCGCCCACAACAUCCUGAGGAAAAUGCCCCCUGGGGUGCCCAGUGCCAUCCACCAGCUCUUUCUGGACAGGAACAACAUUGAAGACAUCCCCAGUGACUACUUCAAGGAGUUCCCCAACCUGGCAUUCAUCCGGCUCAACUACAACCAGAUCUCUGACAAGGGGCUGCCCAAGGACUCCUUCAACCUCACCAAUCUCCUGGUGUUGCAUCUGGCCCACAACAAGCUCACCAACGUCCCUUUCAUCAGCCCCAAGCUGGAGCACCUCUACCUGAAUAACAACUCCAUCGAAAAAAUCAACGGGACACAGAUCUGCCCCACCUCGCUGAUGUCCAUCCACGACUUCUCCCCCUCCGACCUGGACAGCGUGCCCCGGCUCCGGUACCUGCGGCUGGACGGGAACCUCCUGAAACCCCCCAUCCCCUUGGACCUGAUGAUGUGUUUCCGCCUCCUGCAAUCUGUGGUUUUCUAACCCUGCCCUGCCUCUCUCGGGACUUGGCUUUGCACAGAGACUCGACCCCCAUCGCUGUUUGACAUCGGUGGGACCCUCUUCGCCUCCCUCUCCCCCUCCUCACACCCCACCUCCAUCCCUCUUUGCCUUUCCCCCUUCUUCCCUCCCCUGCAGUGGCCGUGGACACAUGUGGCAUGUGUGUCCUUGGGGACCACCAUCUGCAGGACAGCACUGCCAUCCCAGGUCACAGCAUCAGCCCCAGGGGUGGCUGCCACGCUCACCCCAGUUCCCUGCCUGGGGGGGUCUGCCUUCUCUGCCCUCCCCCAGGCCAGCCCUGGAGCUGGCUCUGUCCCUCCCCUUCCACCCGGCAGAGCUUCAGGAGGCUGGAUUUGGUCCAAGCCAAAGGCAUCUCCGGAUGGAGCUGAGGAGGGAACCCAAGGGGGGGUCACCUCGCUGCAGGACCCGGGUCAUGUCAUGGUGGCACCCGGAGAGCCCCCGAUGUCCCUGGGGACAAAUGCCCUGCUCUGGAGGUGGGACAGGGAUGCUCGGGGUGAUGCUGGGUGUCGGGGGGGCCGGGGGAGCAGGAUCCCUGCGGGCAGAGGGUGGCCGGCAGGACCGGCAACGACACCUCGUGGCCAGAGCCACGUCCCGGGGCCCCGGGUGGGGGACACGCUCCUCCCGCCUGGGUCCUACUUUGGGGGGGGGCUUUGACCUUGGCCCCUCAUUGCUCUGGUGGUGGGAAUUUGGCAGGGGGGAGCGGGAAGGGUGUCCAGCCCCCCCAGCUGGAGCUGGGCUCUCCGGUGCCCUGGGUGGGUCGCACCUUCCCCGCAGCAACACGCACCCUCCUUUGCAAGACCAGCUCCCCCCAAAGAUUUUACCCCUCCCAAACUUCUUCCCCCCCGCCCCAAACCCAGCAUCACUGGUCCACGGUGCCGCAUCCUGCAUCCUCCCGCUGCCCUGUGCUGUGGAGAUGGGGGGCUCAGUGCAUCACCCCUUUUCUGCUGCUUCCAGCUAAACCCUGCCCUCCCCGAGGCAGGACCCAAAGCCUGCGGGACCCCCAUGCCACCGACCUGCCCUGGGCAUGGGACUCUCCCCCCGGGGAGCAGAGCAGAGCCAGCUGCUUUGCAGCGAUGCCAGCAGGACCCUCACCCUCAUAUUACUGGAAAGAGUCCAGCAUAGGGCUACAAAGAUGAUUCAAGGACUGGAGCAUCUCCCUUAUGAGGAGAGGCUGAAAGAGCUGGGACUCUUUAGUCUGGAGAAGAGAAGGCUGAGGGGAGACCUUAU